AGUGGAGCAGGAGCAGAAAUGGACGAGCUUCGGACUAGAGUUUGGCCCAGCUUUAACAUUCCGAGCCCAUCUAGGUCCAGUCAAUAUAGCCCAACGCGAAUAACCACAAAAUUAUGGAACCAUCACUACGAACUGAAAUUCUUUCUCGCAAGCAUUGAAAACGAGGAAUUCUGUUCUUUGUAUCAAUGGCUUGUCUGUUUAGUCUGUCGACAAGAGCAAACAUUGUUAGACGAAGAUAUAAUGCAUCGUUUAGUUACGUUCUCAAUGAUGAUCGCAAACAUAAUUCCAUUGACGAGGGUCCUUCUUUGGAAGGAAUGGGUAAUUUGUUUCAGCAGAAGUCAUUUGGAAGCAGUAGCAACAGGUUUAACAAUAAUAACGAUUCAGCUGUGUUUGGUUUCUUUCACAAUAGAAGAUGUUCAGAUACCGGGGUGUCUUUUUGUCGACAUAUGUCAACAAAGAUUGGUGCAGCGUCGGAAAAAAUUGAGUUCAUAAAUGAUGUUGCUGAUGUUAUCACAGACAGGACUGUUGAGGCUGCUGCUGCUCAGGCACCAGCAAUGGAUGAAGUUGCUGCUGCUGCUGCUGCUGCUGAUUCUUACUUUCCUGUUGCUGCUCUCCAGCAUGUUAUUGAUGCAGUGCAUUCUUUCAUCGGUUUCAACUGGUACUGGGCUAUUUGGUUCUGCUUGCUAAUGUAUACAGUUCAUUAA